AUGCUGGCAUACCCGGUAAGGUUGAUUUCUCGAAUGGACUCUCUGAAAUACCUAUUUGAGAAACCAACUCUCACUGGGAAACUAGCACGAUGGCUACUCAUGUUAGCAGAAUUUGAGCUCAAGUACGUUACCAGGAAGUCAGUAAAAGGAAGGGCUAUCGCGGAAUUCUUGGCCGAUCAUCCUGUUAAGGGAGGCAAAGAUGCUGAAUUCAAAUUCCCUAAUGAAGAUCUGAUGACCAUAGCCGAGGAUGUUUGGAAAUUAUAUUUCGAUGGAGCAGCCAAUCAGGAAGGAUUCGGAAUUGGUGUGUUGUUAAUCUCACCCAAUGGAUCUCACAUUCUGUUCGCUUUCAAGUUAAACUUUGAAGUCACCAACAAUCAGGCAGAAUACGAGGCUUGCAUCGUCGACAUGGAAGCAGCCAUCGAAAUCGGUGUGGAGAAAUUGGAAAAAGUCAAGGAGGAAAAGCUGAAGCCAUAUCACCAAGACCUUGAGGACCUCAUUCCUCAUUCUAAUAAGGUGACUUUUACUCACGUGCCAAGGCUUAAUAACCAAUUUGCAGAUGUUCUCGCCACAUUGGCAUCCAUGGUCAAAAUUCCUAUUAGGGUGAAACUAAGAAAGAGGAGAAUAUCCCCUGAAGCAAGCAAGAAGGAUCGGAUAGCUCUCCAAAGAUUGGCAUCUCGGUACAUCAUUUGCGAAGGGAAUAUGUAUCAGAGAUCCCACUGUGGAAUGCACAAGCUAUGUAUCCACAGAGAAGAAGCUAAAUGGGUAAUGGAAGAGAUUCAUGAGGGAGUAUGCGGCUUGCAUAUGAAUGGCAUGAUGCUCGCUAAGAAAAUUCUAAGGCAAGGAUACUUUUGGUCCACCAUGGAAACAAAAUGCAUAGAGUAUGUACGACGAUGCAAUAAAUGCCAGAUCCAUGUCAAUCUCAUGCAUGUUCCACCAUCCGAACUAUAUCAGAUGACUUCUCCCUGGCCUUUCUCAGUUUGCGGAACUGAUGUUAUUGGAAGAAUUACGCCGGCAGCAUCCAACGGUCAUAAGUUCAUUCUGGUUGCUAUUGAUUAUUUCACAAAGUGGGUAGAAGCUACUUCCUAUGCAACCCUAACUGCGAUACAAGUUGCACAUUUCAUCAAGCAGAAUGUCAUUUAUCGAUAUUGGGUUCCGCAGGCAUUUAUAUCAGAUAAUGGGGUUCAUUUCAAAGGCCGAGCCAAGGAAGUUUUGGAAGAGUUUUAG